CAAGCUGCCCCGCGCUCUCUUUCCGCGCAUGCGCCCCGCAGCCCGGGCUGUCGCUCCCUGGCUGGCGGCUGCGGCGAGUCCCGCCAUGGAGUCCUACGAUGUGAUCGCGAACCAGCCCGUGGUGAUAGAUAACGGCUCGGGUGUAAUCAAGGCAGGUUUUGCAGGUGACCAGAUACCGAAGUACUGUUUUCCAAACUAUGUGGGCAGACCAAAGCACGUUCGUGUCAUGGCUGGUGCUUUAGAAGGGGACAUUUUCAUUGGGCCAAAAGCAGAGGAGCACCGAGGUCUGCUCUCGAUCAGAUACCCCAUGGAACAUGGCAUAGUGAAGGACUGGAAUGACAUGGAGCGCAUCUGGCACUACGUGUAUUCGAAAGACCAGCUUCAGACUUUCUCAGAAGAGCAUCCUGUGCUCUUGACGGAGGCUCCCCUGAACCCACGGAAGAACCGAGAGCGAGCCGCUGAGGUUUUCUUUGAGACCUUCAACGUGCCAGCGCUCUUUAUCUCCAUGCAAGCGGUGCUCAGCCUUUAUGCUACAGGGAGAACCACAGGGGUGGUGCUGGACUCCGGGGAUGGCGUUACCCAUGCGGUUCCUAUUUACGAAGGGUUUGCUAUGCCUCACUCCAUUAUGCGGAUCGAUAUCGCUGGCCGCGAUGUAUCCCGCUUCCUUCGCCUCUAUCUCCGGAAAGAAGGCUAUGACUUCCACACGUCAUCAGAGUUCGAGAUCGUCAAAACCAUCAAAGAGCGUGCCUGUUACCUGUCAAUAAACCCACAGAAGGACGAGACGUUAGAGACCGAGAAAGCCCAGUACUACCUGCCAGAUGGAAGCACUAUUGAGAUCGGCCCUGCCCGUUUCCGAGCCCCCGAGUUACUGUUCCGGCCUGACCUGAUUGGAGAAGAGUGCGAGGGGCUGCACGAGGUGUUGGUGUUCGCAGUUCAGAAAUCGGACAUGGACCUGAGGCGAACGCUCUUCUCCAACAUUGUGCUGUCCGGGGGCUCCACACUCUUCAAAGGCUUUGGAGACCGGCUCUUGAGCGAAGUGAAGAAACUAGCACCCAAGGACGUCAAAAUAAGGAUAUCUGCUCCUCAGGAGAGAUUAUAUUCCACGUGGAUCGGGGGCUCUAUUCUGGCCUCGUUGGACACCUUUAAGAAAAUGUGGGUUUCAAAGAAGGAAUACGAAGAAGAUGGAGCCCGUGCCAUCCACCGAAAAACCUUCUAGCCCUGGGACCCGUCCUACAC